CAAACCGGUUUCUGUUUCAGAAAGUGAAACUCACACAGUCACUGUGACAGAGAGACGAAAUGGAGCAGAAUCAGAUGGACCAAGAAACUUUGUCCUGUUCGAUCUGUCUGGAUCUACUGAAGGAUCCAGUGACUAUUCCCUGUGGACACAAUUACUGUAUGAACUGUAUUAAAAUCCACUGGAAUGAAGAGGAUCGGAAACGAAUCCACAGCUGCCCUCAGUGCAGGGAGACAUUCAUACCGAGGCCUGUGCUAAAGAAGAACACUGUGCUAGCAGCUUUAGUAGAGCAGCUGAAGAAGACUGCACUCCAAGCUGCUGCUGCUGAUCACUGCUAUGCUGGACCUGAAGAUGUGGCCUGUGAUUUCUGCAUUGGGAGGAAGCUGAAAGCCAUCAACUCCUGUUUAAUCUGUCUGGCCUCUUUCUGUGAGAAACACCUUCAGCCUCAUUAUGAUUCAGUUACGUUUAAAAAACACAAGCUGGUGGAGCCGAACAAGAACCUCCAGGAGAACAUCUGCUCUAAGCACGAUAAGUUGUUGGAGAUCUUCUGCCGCACUGAUCAGAAGUGUGUCUGCAGUCUCUGUUUAACAGAGGAACAUAAAGGCCAUGACAUAGUCUCAGCUGCAACAGAAAGGACUGAGAGGCAGAGAGAGCUGGAGGAGAGACGAGAAAACAUCCAGCAGAGAAUCCAGGACAGAGAGGAAGAUGUGAAGCUGCUUCAACAGGAGGUGGAGGCCAUCAGUCGCUCUGCUGAUAAAACAGUGGAGGACAGUGAGAAGAUCUUCACCCAGCUGAUCCGUCUCCUCCAGAAAAGAAGCUCUGAUGUGAAGCAGCAGAUCAGAUCCCAGCAGGAAACUGAAGUGAGUCGAGUCAAAGAUGUUCAGGAGAAGCUGGAGAAGGAGAUCACUGAGCUGAAGAGGAAAGACGCUGAGCUGGAGCAGCUCUCACACACAGAGGAUCACACCCAUUUUCUACACAGCUACCCCUCACUGUCAGUACUCAGUACACCUAUCAAAUUCUCCAACUUAGAAUAUCUUCCUCUAGGACACUUUGAGAAGGUAACAGCAGCUGUGUCAGAGCUCAGAGACAAACUACAGGACAUCCUGAGACUCUCAUGGACAAACAUCUCACUGAUGGUCACUGAGGUGGAUGUUCUGCUGUCACAACCAGGAUCAGAACCAAAGAGCAGAGCUGGAUUCUUAAGAUACUCAUGUGAACUCACUCUGGAUCCAAACACAGCAUUCCCAUGUUUGGGACUAUCAGAGGGGAACAGGAAGGUGACAUGGAUGAAUCAGCGUCAGUCUUAUUCCAGUCAUUCAGACAGAUUCACUGAUUGGACUCAGGUCCUGAGUAGAGAGAGUCUGACUGGACGUUGUUACUGGGAGGUGGAGUGGAGCGGAGAACUAGUUCGUGUAGCAGUAGCAUACAAGAAUAUCAGCAGAGAAGGGGGGAAUAUGAGUGGCUUUGGAUAUAAUGACAAAUCUUGGGUAUCAACUUGUUCCCAUAGCAGUUCUAGUUUUACUCACAACAGCAUCUGGACCUCCGUCUCAGGUCCAGUUUCCUCCAGAGUCGGAGUUUACCUGGAUCACAGAGCAGGUCUUCUGUCCUUCUACAGCGUCUCUGAAACAAUGACUCUCCUCCACAGAGUCCAGACCAAAUUCACUCGGCCGCUGCUGGCUGGAGUUUAUGUUAGUACAGUAUCCUCUGCACAGUUCUGUAAACCCAGAUAGAUUUUCUUUCUUCUCUGUGAUUGUUGAUCAGGGUUUAUUGUUUUGUUUCUCUUUAAAUCCUGGUUUAUUUUUGACUGUGUUCCACCAGCCAUAAAGGAAAUCACUGCUGAUGUUUCCUUUCAUUCUUAUGACAGAAAUAUUUAUCCACAUGAAACUCUGAACUUCUCUUGCCUCUAAUAGUUUGACUUUAAUAUUUGUAUUGAUGUGGUCAGAUGUUCAGGUCUCUCUUCCACUGUUCUGCAGAACAAAUGUUCUUUAAAUCAGCUGAGACUGAAGUGAACUGAACUUACUUCUAUUUUCUUUAUUGUGAUUCAAAGAAGAAUCUGAAACUAGCAUGAACUCACAGCUGAUGCUGUUUUCUUGGGCAUCUAGAUUUAGAUCAGAAAAAGAAAUGUCUGCUAUUCUGUCUCUUUGGCUUUCAUCAAUAAAACAACUUGAUUACAGGAACA